AUGUCGAUCGGCGACGCUUUUCUCCUCUUACUCUUCGUUGCUACUUACUCCAUUUCAGCCGCUUCCGCUGAUUCCAUCUAUGGCUGCGGCGGAUUCGUCCAGGCGAGCUCAUCGUUGGUGAAAUCGAGGAAACAAACUGAUGCAAAAUUGGAUUAUUCACAUGUCACGGUUGAGCUUCAAACAGUGGAUGGACUGGUAAAGGAUAGAACACAAUGUGCUCCAAAUGGAUACUAUUUUAUUCCAGUAUAUGACAAGGGUUCCUUUGUUAUUAAAGUUAAUGGACCUGAUGGGUGGUCAUGGGAUCCUGAAAAGGUUCCCGUGGCAGUUGAUAAUCAAGGUUGCAAUGGGAAUGAAGAUAUAAAUUUUCGUUUCACAGGGUUCUCUAUAUCUGGUAGAGUCGUGGGAGCUGGUGGAGAAAGCUGUUCGGUUAAAAAUGGAGGUCCUUCAAAUGUAAAAGUUGAACUAUUGUCUCCUUCUGGAGAUCUUGUUUCAUCCGUCUUGACUUCACCAUCAGGGAGCUACUUGUUUACAAACGUAAUUCCAGGAAAAUAUGAGCUACAAGCUUCAAAUCCUGAUAUUAAAGUUGAAGUCAAAGGUUCCACGCAGGUGGAAUUGGGCUUUGGAAAUGGGGUGAUUGAUGAUAUUUUCUUUGUCCCUGGGUAUAGUAUCAGCGGGUCUGUUGUUGCACAGGGAAACCCAAUAUUAGGAGUCCAUAUCUUCUUAUAUUCAGAGGAUGUAUCUGAGAUAAAAUGUUUGCAAGGUUCUGCUCAUGGUCCACGACAAGAAGCAGCUCUAUGUCAUGCUGUAACAGAUGCGGACGGAAAGUUCUCAUUCAAUUCAGUACCUUGUGGAAGUUAUGAACUAGUUCCCUACUACAAGGGUGAAAAUACAGUAUUUGAUGUUUCACCAUCUAGUGUCCCAGUUAAUGUUAGGCAUCAACAUGUAACAAUCCCACACAAAUUUCAGGUAACUGGAUUUUCUGUUGGAGGCCGUGUAGUUGACGGAAAUGACAUGGGAGUGGAGGGUGUUAAGGUCAUAGUUGAUGGUCAUGAAAGGUCUAUUACCGACAAUCAAGGAUAUUACAAGCUUGACCAGGUUACAUCCACACACUAUACCAUAGAAGCCCGAAAGGAGCAUUACAAAUUCAAGAAGUUGGAGAAUUAUAUGGUAUUGCCAAAUAUGGCUUCAAUAGAAGACAUUGUCGCCGUUUCAUAUGAUAUUUGUGGUUUGGUUAGGAUGGUUAGUAGCAGUCAGAAAGCAACGGUGGCUUUGACUCACGGACCUGAUAAUGUGAAACCACAAAAGAAACAAACUGAUGGAAAUGGAAAUUUCUGCUUUGAGGUUAUUCCUGGUGAAUAUCGCUUGUCUGCUAUUGCUGCUUCUCCUGAUAAUGCUGCUGGACUCAUGUUUGCUCCAUCUUAUAUCGAUGUUGCGAUCAAAAGUCCAUUAUUGAAUGUUGAAUUUUCACAGGCUCUGGUCAAUGUCCAUGGUGCCGUAAUCUGCAAGGAAGAAUGCGAUCCAUCUGUAUCUGUGACUCUUGUGAGGCAGGGUGCUAAACAUAAUGAAGCGAGAAAGACAAUUAGCUUGACCUCCGAGAGUAGUGAAUUUCUGUUUUCUGAUGUUGUUCCUGGAAAAUACAGGCUUGAGGUGAAACAUAGUUCCUCUGAAUCAGUCACCAAGGAAGAUAAUUGGUGCUGGGAGAAGAGCUUCAUAGAUGUAAAUAUUGGAGCUGAGGACUUGGAAGGAAUUGUUUUUGUUCAAAAAGGCUACUGGGUCAAUGUGAUCUCCACUCAUGAAGUUAACGGUUACAUAACUCAACCUGAUGGGUCAACUGUGAAUUUGAAGAUUAAGAAAGGUUCCCAGCAUAUAUGUGUUGAAUUUCCCGGAAUACAUGAGUUUAGUUUUAUUGACUCAUGCAUCUUCUUUGGGAGCUCACCUGUGAAAAUUGACACAUCGAGUCUAUUGCCCAUUCAUCUAAAAGGAGAAAAGCAUCUUAUUAAAGGACAAAUAAAUGUGCAUUCCGGCUUACAUGAUGCACUGCCUGAGAAAAUAGUGGUUGAUAUUUAUCAUGAUGGAGCCGACGUUGCUGAUAAUGCCAUGGCCAUACUCAAGUCCCAUGGGAAAGAUCAAAUAUCUGUCUUUGAGUAUUCUCUUUGGGCCAAUCCAGGAGAAAAGCUUACCUUUGUUCCUCGGGACUCGAGGAAUGAUGGAGAUAAAAAGCUUUUAUUUUAUCCUAGAGAACUGCAUGUAUCAGUGACAGAUGAUAAUUGUCAAGCAUAUAUUCCUACAUUUUCUUGUCGACCGGGUGUAUAUAUUGAAGGGACAGUCUCGCCUCCUAUUUCUGGUGUUCAUAUAAGGAUUUUCGCUGCUGGAGACAGCAAUGUCACUGGACUUAAAAGUGGGGAACUAAUACUUGAAACGACUACUAGUACUGAAGGCUCCUUUGUGGCAGGUCCACUGUAUGAUGAUGUCGGUUAUACUGUUCAGGCUUCAAAGCCUGGCUAUCAUUUAAAACAAGUUGGGCCUCAUUCCUUUAGUUGUCAGAAGCUUGGUCAGAUUUCAGUACAUAUACAUCACAAAGACAAUGAUAAAGAGCUCAUUCCUUCAGUUCUGUUAUCUUUAAGUGGUGAUAAUGGUUAUAGAAACAACUCAGUAUCUGGGGCUGGAGGAGCUUUCCUAUUUGAUAGUUUGUUUCCUGGAAUGUUCUAUUUGCGUCCUGUUUUGAAGGAAUAUGCUUUCUCACCUCCGGCACAGGCAAUAGAGCUUGAAUCAGGGGAGUUUAGAGAAGUUGUUUUCCAGGCCACACGAGUAGCUUACAGUGCUAUUGGCGCAGUCUCUCUGUUAUCUGGCCAACCCAAAGGAGGAGUUUCAGUUGAAGCCCGAUCAGUGUCAAAAGGCUAUUUUGAGGAAACUGUAACAGAUUCCUCUGGGAAUUAUCGUCUUAGAGGACUACUGCCUGAUACUGUCUAUGAAGUGAAAGUAGCUAAAAGGGAUGUUACGGGAAGUUCUAAUAUAGAGCGUGCAUCUCCAGAUUCUAUUUCUGUCAAGGUUGGAACUGAGGAUAUCAAGGGUUUGGAUUUUAUAGUUUUUGAGGAGCCAGAAAUGACAAUUGUAAGUUGCCAUGUUGAAGGAAAUGGUACGGAUGAACUUCGUAAACACCUGAUGGUAGAAAUCAGGUCUGCUAGUGAGACAAGCAAGAUAGAGUCAGUCUUCCCCCUGCCAAUUUCUAACUUCUUCCAAGUGAAGGGCUUAUCAAAGGGAAGACACCUUCUACAGCUUCGAUCUGGUCUCCCAUCAAGCUCACUUAGAUUUGAAUCUGAUAUAAUUGAGGUCGACUUGGACAAAAAUGUUCAAAUCCACGUGGGACCACUGAAAUUCAGGAUUGAAGAUCAGCUGAAGCAGGAGUUGACUCCGGCACCAGUAUUCCCCCUUAUAGUUGCAUUUCUUGUAGUUGCACUAUUUAUCAGCAUCCCUAGAUUGAAUGAUUUGUAUCAAGCCACAAUAGACAUACCUGCGCCAGGAACCACAACGACUUCAAGAAAAGAAGUGAGGAAGCCAAUGUUGCGUAAAAAGACUUUCUAA